AUGCGUAUCCCGGUAGCAAUUUUCCUGAUUUCAAUGAUGCUAUGCGCAGACGCACAAUACCCGCGCCCGCGCCGUCCUGAGCGCUUUGACACCGCAGAACAGAUCUCCAAUUAUCUCAAGGAGUUACAGGAAUAUUACUCAGUGCAUGGGAGAGGACGAUACGGCAAACGUCAAAUGCACAUAGCAGACGCAUCUGUGAUUUUCAAGGAAAUGCCCUUUUUUGAACACGGCGUCAACGACGACCCCCUUUUCAAACACUUCGGUUAUAAGUAG